UUUUCUUUAUUUUUUUUAUUUCCUUUUUAAAUAUGUAAAUUUUCUUGUUUGUUAUUAAAAAAAAAAAAAAGAAAAGUAAUCAUGUCCGAAAAUUUAAUUGAGUAUUCAUUCUAGCUGGCCUAAGUUAUGGCAAUUUAUUUAUAUUUGUUGAAAACCUCAUUCAUCACAUAUGUAUCCAUAGUAAUUUCUACAAUUUCCGCUGUACAGCGGUCGUUGACUCGUAGACUCGUAGACUCGUAGACUCGUAGACUCGUAGUAUCACAGGAUGUCUUAGUUAUGGCCAUGGAAGCUGAAUCCUUGCUGACCAACUCAUCACAAGGAAACCAAUAUUUCCAGAAAAGAUCUAAAUUCGCCGUAAAAAGGAUACUUCAAGAACUUCUUGUGCAGUGAAAAAUUAAUAAGUGAAAAAUUUGAAUAAAGUGUACGGAGGCCUCCUCACUUCAAUACACCAGGUAUUUACGAAACAACCAAUAUUAAUUUAUGGAAAAUUCACAGGCAACUACUUCGCAAAAAUAAAAGGGACAGGAUAAUAAAUAAAUUUGUAAUUACUUGAUUUAAAUUUUGUUUAUUUUUUGGAAAUUCUAUUUAUUUGAUCUAUUAUGUAUAUUAAAUUGCAAACAUGAUUACAAUCUUAUUGUUGAUUAUUGAAUAUGCCUAACAAUCAUCAAUGACAAGUAAUGAAUGGGGUAAAUCUUGAAUUGUUGAGCUGUCAUAUCAUUCAAUUAUAAAUGUUGCUACUUAGAAGGGGUUGGAAAUUAAAUAAAUGGAAUAUUUUAGUUAAUAUAUUGAACUAUAUAUUCAAUUUAUUGAUUUAAAUAUUCGGAGGAUUAUUUCCUUCCCCAUCUCAAAGAUUAAUUUCAACUGCGGUAAACUGAGGUAACAUUUCAACUGCGCCUUACUCUGCGAGGUUUGCUUGCAAACUCUUUCAUUGAUUUAUCAAUAAUAUUGAAUGAUGUGUGACGGUCUCGGCUGUUCUUAUCCUUUCUUCUUUCAUUGAUGGUGGGGAGGAUUCAGGUUAAAAUUAAAAUACAAAAUCAAAUAUUAUUCAUCAUAAAUGAUCUCGAAUUAUAAGUAUUAUAUAAUCAUAUUAAUAAUUUAUUUAAGAAAAUGAUAAUAUGGGUUCACCGAAUAAAGUAGCAUCUAUGGAAUCUAAAAUAAUUAAUUAUUGGGAUGUUAAAAAAUCAGUUGAAGAGUGCUUCAAUUUCAAUUUGAUUCCUAUUAGAAAAUUCAAUCCUAAUUUUGUUACUAAAGAGAAUUUACUUUUCGAACUUGAAACAUUGGGAGUACCUACAGAUACAGUUAUUGACAAUGAUGUAGACACUUUAAGGGGAAAGUAUCGAGCAUUAGUUAGCAAUCCAGACCCAAAAAUUGCACGAAUUAUUUACGAUGAUGAGUCUAGUAAAAUUGCUAUAAAAAAAAUCCUUGAUUUAUUGACAGGGGAAGAUGAAUACUUGGAGAAAAUUCUUUCUAUGAGUAUUCCUGAUAAAAAGGUAAACAUUCAUAAAGCGUUAUCCAUUUUUCUACAUAUUCUCAAUCGAAUUGUUCAAUUAUUAACUUAUGCUAAAGAAGCAAAUGACCAAAAUCUAAUUAAGGGUAUUGAUGAGUCUAUUGUAUUAGCUCAGGCUACUUUUACUAAAUUGAUCGACUUGUGUGAAUGCUUUAGUAGAUCUAGUUCGCCUCAUUUUGAAAAACAAAGCAGUCUUAGUACACCUGAUUCAAAAAUGAAUAAUCCCACACACGAUUCGAAUACUAAACUUCAUACUAAUACAGUAAAUCGCUUUAUUGCGCCAAUUCCUAGUACAAGUAAUAUGGAACAAAAUGUUACUCAGUAUUCACAAACAAAUGUUACCAAUCCUGAUAUUCAAGUUACUGAUUUUGAAAAUAUAAAUAAUAGUAAUACUGUCUCUAUGGUAGAACAGGUACAUGCUACAAUAAAUGAAAACUUGGGUAGGACUGUAUUCGGUAGUGAUUUCAAUACUAAUAGGGUAAACCUUGCAGCCAACUUGUCUUCACCUUUAUUUGGUAAUUUGUAUAAUAAAUUAUCAAAUCCUAUCGAAGGUCUGAUGAAGGAACUUCCGAAUACUGACGGAUUGAAUGUUGAUAGUUUGUUGAAAUUCAUUGAAAUAUGUUUGAAAAUAAAAGAACGAUCGAACUUAUUAGAUCAGCAACUUUUCCAUAUCAUUCACUCUUCUGUUGUAGGGCCUCUCGCCGAUCGAUUGAAUUUAGCUAUGAGUACAAAUAAGAGUUUUGAUGAAUUUCAUAAGGAUAUUCUGCAACAUUUUAUUCCGUCUAGAUUGAUUUCAAUCAUUGAAAGAGACCACUAUUAUCGUUUACAAAGGGCUGGUGAACCCUUGUCUGCUUACAUUGUGUCAAUCAAAGACGCUAAUAAACUACUAAGAUUAGAAAAAUCUGAGGAAGACGUAGUCAAUAAUAUUUGCUCAGGGUUGAAUCCAGAGGAAAGAAAUAGACUAGUUUUCCAAUCCAAACCAACUAGUUUUAAUGACUUAACUUCCAUCUCAGUAGUAUCUCAAAAUAUUCAAUAUGGGGAUUUAGAAAGAAAUAAAUACAAUUUUAAUACUAAUAAAAAUAAUCAAAAAUCUCCAAUGAAUGUUGAAUUAGCUCAAAGACGUUGUUACAAAUGCAACAAAGUAGGUCAUCUAGCUCAGUCAUGUAGAUCCAACAUGAAUAAUUCAAAUUUCAGAGGUACAAGCAGUAAUUCGAGAAAUCAUAAUCAGAAUCACCAAAGAUCUAAUAAUAAUUUCACUAGAGAUCUAUCUAAAAUACGUUGCUUUAAAUGUAAUGAAAGUGGACAUUAUGCAAACUCUUGUGAAAAUAAAAAAGCAUGACUAGCUGGGAAACAGUAUAAAAAGAAAAUAUACAGUAAAAGAAAAUUUCAAAACACCAAAUACAAUCAAAAAUUCAAUAAAGAAAACGGAAUUAAUACCUUGAAAUGUAGUGAUACUUUUUCUAAUGGUAAGAAGAAAUCAAUUCAAUCAAAAUAUACUGACAAAAAUCAGAAAAUGAAAAAUAAAAUAAAAAGAAAAAAGCAAAAGAAAUUUAAUCAGUUAAAGACUAGAGCUUUGAUUAAUAAAAUCACUCCUUUAAUAGUAUGUGAGUUAGGAAAUAACUGUGUCAGUUCUAUUGCAUUGAUUGAUUCUGGUUCUGAUUAUAGUAUCAUUUCAAGGAAAGUUUUUACUGAAAUAUUACGGGAUAAUGGUAAUCUGCUUAUUCAAGAGGAUAUUCAGCAUUGUGUUACUGCGAAUAAAAGUAAAUUACUGUUGAAAGAGUCAGUUCUAUUAAAAAUAAAAAUUGAAAACUUCAGUUGGAAAUUUCGUUUCUUUGUUCAUGAUGAUUUGUCAAUUCCUAUUGUUUUAGGUUGUGAUUUUAUUCAUUAUUCCAAAUUAGUUCCUGAUUUAUUCAAUAAUAGGUAUUUCUUUGGAUUUAAACCGCAAUUCAAAUUUUCUUUUGAAAAAAAUCACAGGUUGGAAUUACUAAAGAAAAUGAAUAGAAUUGGUACUGAUGUGGAAUUGGACGAUUUAAGCUCUUCGCAGAAAGUAGAAUUAAACAAAGUAUUAAAUCAAUUUGAUGAUGUUCUUACCCAUAAACUAGGUAAAUCGAACGUAAUAGAAUAUGAAAUUCGUCUGAUAGACAAUCAGCCCGUAAGGAAAGCUCCUUAUCAGUUAAAUCCGAUAAGAAUGGAAAUCUUAAAUAAAAAAAUUCAAAAAAUGUUAGAUGAUGGAAUUAUUGAGAAAUCAACUUCUAAUUAUUCCAGCCCUUGUUUCUUAGUUCCUAAGAAAGAUGGUGGCCAUCGUGUGGUAGUAGAUUAUAGAGCAUUAAAUAAAAAAAUUGCAUUAGAUGCUACACCUUUGCCAAACAUUGAGAGUACAUUCCAUUGGUUUAACGGUGCUAAGUUCUUUACUGUUCUUGAUCUUACUGAAAGCUAUUAUCAAUUGAAAUUAUCUCCAUCUUCUAAGCACUUGACUACUUUUGCAACUCCAACUCAAACUUACUGUUAUACUCGUGUACCGUUUGGUUUAUCAAUAGGUGCUCAAGCCUUAUCUACUGCUUUGAAUAUUUUAUUUGAAGGGAUAAAAUUCAAAUUUGUAAUAAAUUAUUUGGAUGAUAUUGUGAUUUAUUCUGAAGAUUUUGAGUCACAUCUUGAGCACAUUAAGAUAGUGUUGUCCAAACUUAAACAAGGUGGGUUUACUGUAAAAAAGGAGAAAGCUAAAUUUGCAAAAAAACAAAUCUCCUUUCUAGGUAAUUUAGUAAGUGAACAUGGUAUUACUAUUGAUCCAGCUCGGACAAAUUCAAUUCGUAAUUACCCUAGACCAAAAAAUGUCAAGGCUAUCUCCAGAUUCAUAGGAAUGGUAGGAUAUUUUCACAAAUUCAUUGAAAAUUACGCUGAAAUCGCCUCACCCCUCAACGAACUAAGAAAGAAGGAUAAAAAAUUAUUUGGGAAGAUGUUCACGAGAAAGCUUUUCAGAAAUUGAAAAAUGCAAUUAUGAACCCUCCUGUCUUAAUAACAGCUGAUUUUAAUAAACAGUUUGUGUUGCAAACUGAUGGGAGCUCCUUAUCAAUUUCUGCGGUCCUUUCUCAAUAUGUUGAUGGCAUCCUAAAGCCUAUUAGUUUUGCUUCCAAAAAGCUCACUCAACAAGAAUGCAAAUAUUCUACAUAUGAGAUCGAAUGCUAUGCAGCAAUUUUUGGCAUGGAAAGAUUUAAACUGUACUUACAACACACUAAAUUCUUGUUGUUAACAGAUAAUAGUGCCUUAGCAUGGAUUUUAAAACAAGACAAGCAAAUUGGUAGACUUAGUCGUUGGAUACUUAGGCUUUUAUCAUUUCAGUUCACAACACAGCAUGUAGCGGGAAAAGAUAAUUGCAUAGCUGAUGCUUUAUCCAGAAUGUACCAUGAUGACAGUGAAUUGCCUGAAAUUGAUGUCAAAGAUGAACAUAUAGAAGUAGAAAAUAGUCUAAACUUAAUAAACUCACUAAAAAUUACCGAUUUUCCACUAGUAUUCACUGACAUAAAACAACACCAAGAGAAUGAUCCUAUUUUAGCGGAUAUAAUAGAAAAGAUUAAUAAUAAUAUUGAUCAGUUUCCUUAUAGUUUGUCUAAAGGAGUAUUAGUGAUAAAACUAAGAAACCAGGAAAAACAAAAAAUAGUCAUACCCAAACUUCUUGUUCCUUUAAUCUUCAAAUAUUAUCAUGAAAGUAUGAUUGGUGCUCAUUUAGGUAUUGCUAAAACUAUUUCAAAAAUUCAAGAGAAUUUCCACUGGGUUGAUUUGAGGAAAGAUAUAAUUUAUUUAGUUAAAUCUUGUACUCUUUGUGCAAAAAGUAAACCAGCUCAGGCUACCAAUUACGGUUUUUUAUCAUCAAAAAUACAGGAAAAACCUCUUGAGAUGAUACAUAUUGACUUAGUUGGUCCAUUAGUACGCACAUCACAGAAUAACUGUUUUAUUUUUAGUGCAAUUGACGUUUUCAGUAAAUUCUGUUGGUUAAAAUGUUUGAGAAAAGCUAAUUCUGAAUCAGUAAUUAGAGCAUUGAAAGGUAUUUUUGCGAAUUUCUCUACUCCUAAACAAAUUAUUAGUGAUAAUGCAUCAAUUUUUAAAUCAAUCAAGUUUAAAAAUUUCUGUUUUCAAUUAGGAAUUCGUCAUAAUACGACUUCACCUUUCUAUCCUAAAGCAAACAUAGUUGAAAGAUUACAUCGUAAUUUGCGUAGCUCUCUCAUUGCUUUUCAUGCAAACUCACAGAAUAAAUGGGAUGAUACUGUAAAUGAUUGGUUAGCUUUAGCUUUUAAUACUGCUGAACAUGAUAGCAUUAAGUGCACCCCUUUUUCUCUGAUGUUCCGUUAUAAACCUAAAGAACCUCUUUUGAAUAUCUGGAAUAUUAAUGAAAUUUUACCUGAUACUGCCGAUGAGAACACUGUAGAAAUUUGGCAAAAGGCUAAAGAGCAAUUGAUGAAAAGUCAUAAUUAUAGAAAAACUCGCUAUGAUAGGAACCGUGUCCCUAUUCCUUUUGCUAUAGAUGACCUUGUAUGGGUCCGGACACAUAUUCUUAGUGAUAAGGCCAACCAAAUUUGUACAAAAUUAAGCUUCCGGUAUCGUGGCCCGCUAAAAAUAAAAAGAUGGUUAUCUGAUGUUACGGCUGAAUUAGUUGACCCUAUUACUAAUCGCUUUGUUCAAAAGGCUCAUGUCUCACAAUUAAAGAAAUAUAAUUCAUAAUUCCUUGUUUUGGAUAAUGUAGCCUGGUAUUCAUUCUUCCUUCUUAUCUUUGAAGUAAAGGGUAACGGUUUCGUCUCUGUUGUUUCUUACUGAGAGAUCGGCUCAUUGAUACUUUCUUCCUUUGGUUAUUUGUAGGAAACUCACUAUUAUUCUGGAACGUUUCUCUUCUGGUUAAAUUGUGUUGCCUUUGGUUUAGGUGUUUCUGAAGAGUAAAUAGUUGUUUUCUUUGGUGAAGCGCGCCACCUAUUGAAAUUUUAACUUUACUCACUUAUUUAAUUUCUUUAUGGAAUUGUGUAAAAUAUUGUACAAAAGAAUCUAUCUUAGCCUAUAAAUAGAUAGAAAUUUUAUUGAGAUCAUAUUAUUAGAUAGAUUAUUGAAAUAGUUUAUAGUUAUAAUUUUGCUUUAGUGUUAAUGAAUUUUGAUGAAUAGUGGUGAAUAGCAGUGUUUCUAUUUCAUCAGAUUGUUGUAAAUAAAGUAAGGGAAUAAAGUGAAUCAAAAGAAGAGUUUUGAUAAAUGAUAAAAUACUUGAAAAUGUAUAUUAUUAUCACUUAAUUGGGUAAUAGAGUAGAAAAAUAUUGGUUUCUGUAUGUAAAUAAUGUCAAGUGAUUUAUCUUUCAAAUUUUAUCAAGAGUGUAUGAAUUUUGUUAGAAUAAAAAAAAGGAUCAAAGAUAUAUAUAUAUAUAAAAAAAAGGGGUAGGCAAAUGAUCAUUAGAGAUGGAAUAUAUUCUUUGGGACUGAGAACUGAUUAAUUUUCUUUUGAAAUCUGAGUGUGGACGCAUGUUCAGAUAUUUCUUUGUUUGAAAGACUUCAAGUUUUUGUUGGGAGUGGCCAAUCCCUGCAUUAAUUUGUGGUCUAGUUUCUUCUGUUGUUAGAUUCUAAAUUUUUUUUUAUUAUUUCAAUGGUUACUCAGCUAUUGAGUAGGUUCCACCUCUGAUCUUCAUUGAAUUUGUAAUCAAGAGUUUUUAUUUGAUUUUUAUUUGAUGUUGAGUUUUGAAUUAAUAAUUUUACAAAUAGAUGAUUUAUUUCUUGGAAUAAUUCAACUCUAAGAGUGAAUAUUUCUCAACUCAAAUUCUUAUGAAGCAUUCUUCUCUGAUAAAUUCUAUAUAUAUGUUAAUUCAACUUAAAAAUUAUCUUAGCUAGCUCAAAUUUUUUUUUUAGAAUGUAGCUUUCACACACUUGAGUGGAGGGAGUAUGUAACAAUUUUGGACAUGAUUAUUUUUAUCUUGUUUUUCUGUUAUUUCGGUUCUAAAUUCGAUUGUAUUAUCAGCUUGUUUUUCUCAGUGAGACAAAGAUGCACUUAUGGGAUCGAGCUGUACCCUUCGAAUAAUCUACUUUCUUGUUCUCUCCAGUUCUUUUUUGCUAUUUUCUUUCUCCCUUUUUCUGUCCUUGUUGGUAGCUUUGAGUUUGCAUUGCUCUUUCUCUCUAGUUUCUUUGUCUAAUUUUGAUAAUUCCGUUUUGCUUACGUCACUGUCUUGUUUGCUACCCCGUCUUCAACGCUCGAUGAUCCAUUCUGUCUCUGAAUUUCGUGAGUGGAGGUUGUAAAUUUAACUUUUUCCUUUGAUUCCAUUUUUAUUUAGCUUAUGCUAAAUUUUUCUAUUUAUUACAAUAUGUAGUUGAUCAGAGACAGAUUUCAUACAUCACAAGUUGUGAUAUUAUUAUUUUCUUUAUUUUUUUUAUUUCCUUUUUAAAUAUGUAAAUUUUCUUGUUUGUUAUAAAAAAAAAAAAAAAAAAAGAAAAGUAAUCAUGUCCGAAAAUUUAAUUGAGUAUUCAUUCUAGCUGGCCUAAGUUAUGGCAAUUUAUUUAUAUUUGUUGAAAACCUCAUUCAUCACAUAUGUAUCCAUAGUAAUUUCUACAAUUUCCGCUGUACAGGUAAAGCAUUAUUUAUUUAUAUACUUUACUUAUUGUUUUAUAAGUCAAGUCUGAUCAGAUUAUAAUUAAUCCCAGCUUUCCUUAAAUUUGUUUUUCAGCUCUAAUUCUCGUAAUUCAAAAUGUUGGAAAUAUUUCUAUGCAAGUUUAUAUAAUAGUAAAAUUAAAUUAAUAAAUAAAUAAAUAUCAAAUUAUCUUUGUCACGCUGGUCAAAUAAAUAAAUAAAUAAUUAAAUAAAAUUGUAAAGCCUUAUUCAAGUUAUAAUUUUUCUUUUUAAAAAAAUCUCUUUUGGAAGCUUCACUUCGAGUAUCUUGAAUUAUUUAUCUUUAAACUAUUAUUGAUGAAUUUAUUAAAGAUCUUGUGUAUUGUUGAUUUUGUUAAGAAGAGCAAAUUCUGUAUUAUUGAUCUCUCCUUUAGUAUUACAGUAUUUAUAUAUAUUCUUUUCGUUUCUCUAUUAUUUAGCGGUCGUUGACUCGUAGACUCGUAGACUCGUAGACUCGUAGACUCGUAGUAUCACAGGAUGUCUUAGUUAUGGCCAUGGAAGCUGAAUCCUUGCUGACCAACUCAUCACAAGGAAACCAAUAUUUCCAGAAAAGAUCUAAAUUCGCCGUAAAAAGGAUACUUCAAGAACUUCUUGUGCAGUGAAAAAUUAAUAAGUGAAAAAUUUGAAUAAAGUGUACGGAGGCCUCCUCACUUCAAUACACCAGGUAUUUACGAAACAACCAAUAUUAAUUUAUGGAAAAUUCACAGGCAACUACUUCGCAAAAAUAAAUGGGACAGGAUAAUAAAUAAAUUUGUAAUUACUUGAUUUAAAUUUUGUUUAUUUUUUGGAAAUUCUAUUUAUUUGAUCUAUUAUGUAUAUUAAAUUGCAAACAUGAUUACAA